AUGUCGCCGCUCUUUCGCAUUUUGCACUCGACGGCCCGCGCAGUCGCGAACCUCGUCUGCGCGCCGCCUGCUCUUACCGAUGGCACCGCCGCAUCCGCCCACCACGAGUACCCGCUCACGUCUACUGCAACUCUGUACCUUCGCCUGGUCGCAGCAAAUGGCGGACCUCCGUCCUUACCACUUCCGGCAGACUUUUGUACAAACUGUUUAGCUCAGGCCUUGGACAAUCCGCUUAUGCUGCAACGUACGACACAAUCCCCGCCACAACCCAAGAGUCCUCCGAAACUUCGGCAAGGCGGCCCUCAUUCACCCGCGGACUGCAUCUUCUCGGAUUCGUCUGAGCUACCGCAUGCACCUUCACCGAUGAGGACCCCUCGCCGCAAGCAUCGUCGCGACCGCCGCCCGCGUCUUCCACUUGUGUAUCCUCCUGCACCGCGUUUGGACUGGUCCCCGCCAACCAUCUCAUCAACCCCCGCAGGGCCAGUAGAAAACGCCUCUCCUGCGAGUGAAAUGCAUGGACUUGGGAUCGGGCUCGGACUUCGGCUAUCGGGGCUAGGGAUGGGUAUACUCCCUCGCUGCGAGGACGAGGACUGUGCAGGCGCACCAUCUGGGGAGUUCGUCCGCGAUCUCGUCGACGCGCUCACGCGCGCAGAGGACUCAUCACUGCCGGAGUUAACGCCGGACUCGGCGCUAAGCUCGGCGCCUAGCACAGUGUCGCCACCGUCCCUCACCUCCCUCGCCGCUGUUGCCAUCGCGCGUACAUCCCCUGCCGUUCACACUAUCUACGAUGACGACUCCGAUGACGACGAUCACUUCUUCUCGCGACCGCGUCCACGCCCGCCGGUGCGCAAGGCGAAGGCGCGACGCGUACCGCUCGUUUCAAGCCCUGAACCGUACUCGACGACGGAUGGGUAUUCGUCCAGUGUUCCAUCCGCUGAGGCUCAGCCGAUGCAGAAGCCUCGCGCGUCGCUGUCAAUCACACGCCCACCACCGAUACGCGCUCGCACUCCGCACCUAAGCACCACAUCUUUCGAUCAGGAUACAGCCGCCAGCGCGGCGAGGCGGGUAAUGCGCAUUUCGAGCGUAGGAUCACUGUCGCUCUCUGGAUCGGAGAGGAGGCCAUGGAAGUGA